AGCCAAUGCCAUUCAAUUAACGUUAAGCUUGCAGAGAAGAAGACGGUAGGGUGUGUUUGACCCGGCAAGUUGCACUUUCUCCUUCAUUUCAGAGAAAUAUCGGUUAAGAAAUCAGAAUGUCAGAUCUCAAAGACGGCAGUGGAGACAGUUGCACCAAGAGGAGGAUUGCUGCCACUCUGUUGAUGCGCGGCUCCUCAGAACACCAGCCCAGGCAACUGAUUGGCCGUGGGGCCCUGUCAGUGGUCCACACCUCUGCCACCUCCGCCAGGCAACCUGCCAGCGAGAGCAGGGAGGAGUACAACGCAUUCAGUGGAGCAGACUGCCCAGGACCCAUGUCCAGGACACCAACCCUGGACCUCCUGGAGCCAGAAGUACCACUGGUCAUGGAGGAGGAGUCAGACUCCACAGGGCAGUGUUCGGACACGGCUAGUGUCAAGAGCCCAGAGCUGCCCGGCCUCCCAGAGCUGCCGGGCCUGGUCUCUUUGGAGGGGAGCCCCAAAGCCCCUCAUUGCCCGGUCUGGCUGGAGGAGGGUGAGGACUCAGACGAAGACUCCGGGGACAAUUACUCUCUCCCAUCCCCCUCAUCUCCUGUGAGAGUGUAUGAGCGGGAUGAUUGCUCUGAGCAGGUUCCGAAGAGGGACCAGAUAAGUGAAGUGAAUGUGGCUGACUGGCACAAGAGCCGCAUGGCAGCGGUGAGCAGCGUGUGCUUUGACCAGCUUCUGAAGAACUACCCGGAGUACAAGAGCGCAAAGAGUUGCGUGGCCGCCUUCGUACUAGAGAAACUGGUGACUGACGCAGCAGGUCACCACAGUGAGUUGUAUGAGGUGGUGGCCUUGGGUACUGGGCAGAGCUGCUGCUCUGGCUGGCUGUCCUUCACUGGCGCCGUGGUGCACGACUGCCACGCCACCAUCAUCGCACGCCGAGCUCUCAAAAGAUAUAUAUAUAAACAGCUUCUGCUGUUCCACAGUUCCGAUCCACAUGUGAGUCGGCAUUCCAUAUUCGAGAGGUCAACCAAUGGAAAACCUCUUCAGCUGAAGCCAAAGAUCUACCUGCACCUCUACACCAACCAGACCCCUAAAGGAGCCGCCCAGUGCCCUUUAAUAAAACUGAAGAGUGGCAACUACGAGUCCCUCAAGCUGAACUGCUUUGCCAAAGGCUCCCUGGUGCCGGCGUCGCUGGUGCCCAUCAGCGUGUGGGCGGCCCGCAUCUGCUGCAUGGCCGACAGCGACAAGCUGACCCGCUGGACCGUCACGGGAGUGCAGGGGGCGCUCUUGAGCCACUUCAUCCAGCCACUCUACAUUACCAGUGUGACCCUUGCGGGGGCAUCCAGCAGCUACUAUGAGCAUGUGUCGGACACCAUCAACAAGCGUCUGGGCGACAACUGGCAGGACACACUGCAGCACCCCUACAAGGCCAGCAGCAUCUUCUUCCUGCCUGGAGACAACAUUGGGCCUCUGCUGCCCUCGGACAGAUGCAAGGACCUCAGCAUCAACUGGAGCCGUGGCGACAGCAGCAUCGAGAUUGUGGACGGCACCAUCGGGCACAUCAUUGACUGCUCUCCGUAUGUGAGCGGCGCCGGCCUCACAAGCCGACUGUGCAAGAGAGCCUUGUACUACAGCUUCCGCAAAGUGGCCUCCCAGGCAGGCCAGCAGGACCUGCUAGCAUUCGCCUCCUACAGCAAUGCCAAGAUGGCUGCUCAGUUAUACCAGGAGGCCAAAGCUGUGGUCAGCCAGCAGUUCCGUACAAAUGACGCCGGACCAUGGAACUCCAAACAGCUGGUGGAUGGCUUCAAACGCUGACCUGUUUUCCAUCUUUCGUAUGUAGGAGGAGGAUGUCGCUUUCUAUAACUUGCUUUUCACAAUGUGUAAGAGGACCAUGUUAAUGUUUUGCAUUUAUGAUUAUGUUACAUGUUCAGAUCCAGCUUUUUCUAAGUUCUUAACUAGCUCAACAAUGCUACAUUUUUAGUAAGGUCAGUUGUUUUAUAGUAUUGUUUUAUUUUAUUGUAUUGUUUUAAACCUCAAGGAAGGAAAACAAACAAAACAAACCAACAAAACAUUCAGAACUGUUUUUUUUUAUUUGAGAGAUUUGAGUAAAAGUGGCAUUUUUGUACCAUAACCGCUAGAUCAUGCCAGGGGACAGCGGUAAUUAGGCAGCUAUUGUUAUUUUGACUCCCACAUGCUCAGAUCCCAUCCUGGAAAUGAUCCUCUGAUAUGUACCAGUACAGUACUUCCCUUGGCCUUGACCUGCCCCUGUACAACGAGGCCUUUGGAGAACCCAAAUGCUGACUCGAGGUUCUUCC